AUGAGCGACGAUAAUUACUACCUCUUCAAGAGACUGGUCCAAGUCGGCAAAAUGAAGCAUUUGUAUGAGCCAGGGGAAAGGCCUCCAUAUCCAAUUAUUAUUGAAUCGCCGUUUUUUAGAGAUGUUAUCGCUAAUAUGAGACUUCCUGAGUAUAUGCCAUUUUUCUAUUCAAUUCCUUUUGGAGCUGUGCUGGGAUAUGCGAUGACUGCAAAUUUGAAGAGCUUUCCUUUAAAUAGAAGAAGGGCUUUUACAAUUGUUUGGACAACUACAAUGUUUUUUGGCUGGUAUAUAGGAUUUAAAGGCUCAUACUACAAAUUGAUGGGGUUCGAGGAUAAUGGACUCAAAUGGAAGUUUUCUGAUGAGAAGGUUAAGAAAUAUGUGUUCACUGAAAAUAUGCAUGGAUUUCUUGAAGACGCACUUAAGAGAAAAGAUAUUGAUAGCUCGAGAGCGUAUUAA